AACGUAAAGUUACGCUGCCGCAACAAAGCAAACAAAAGCGAGCACAGACUCUGGCAGAACAAGGAAACUCACGACCAGCCAUGAAGAUACAGGACUUCUUGAAGCCAACAGGAAGAUUCUAAACUCAACAACAGCAGCAUGGAUAUUGACCUGGAUAGCAGUGACAUUUCAUCCAAUAAUACAGGCUCUGAUGAUGACAUCGUUCAGAUUCAGAGCAAUGUGCAAGUGGAUCCAAAUCAGGCCAUGCUAGCCCAGCAACAACAACAGCAGCAACAACAACAACAGCAGCAACAACAGCAGCAACAACAACAACCGCAGCAGGAACAACAACAACAGCAGCAGUCAACUAAAAGCACGAAAAUUCCAACAAUAUUUCUGCCCAGCAUAAGUGACAUUCAACCAAUAAUUGAUAUGCUCAAUAACACAGUGGGUGCCAAUAAAUACACAACAAAGUGCACACAAAACGAUGGAGUCCGAGUGCAAUGCAGCGACGUACUAGCGUAUAAUGCAGCUAUUGCGCUGCUCGGCGCCAAUACGGAAAUACAAAUGCACACCCACCAAAUGCGAAGCGAGCGGGGAUACCGUGUUUUAUUAAAAAAUGUACACCACUCCACGUCAUGCGAGCUAAUUCGAGCAGAAUUGGCAAGACAUGGACACACGGUUCGAUAUGCUAGCGUCGUCAAACAUCGAUUUGAGCGACGGCCACUUAACAUGUUUGAAGUCGAACUGGCACCAAACGGCGACACCAAUGACAAAGUGCUGGAACUGAGAACUUUGGGAAAUCAGCAUAUUGAAGUUGAAAGACAGCUGAAGCGAGACGAGCCUGUACAGUGCCAUCGGUGCCAAUCGUUUGGGCAUAGCAAGAACUACUGUCGUAGACCUUUUGCAUGCCUCAAAUGCGGCGAACAGCACCCGACAACAACAUGUACAAAAGCAAGAAACACACCAGCUAAGUGCGUCAACUGCAAGGCGGAUCACAUAGCCAGCUUCAAGGGAUGCAGUGUGUACAAAAUGGAGCGGGAAAAACUAGCAGCAAAUCGUGUCCGGGCGGCAAUCGACAAGCAGCAGCAACAGCAACAUCAGCAGCAGCAGCAGCAACAUAGGCAACUACAACGACAACAACAACAUCAACAGCAGCAACAACAACAACAACAUCGGCAGCUACAACAACAACAUCACCAGCAGCAGCAACAGCAACAAUGCCCGCAGCAACAACUCCCAGCAAAUAAUACUUCAGCUCCUAGUGGACCUAAGUCGACUCAGGAACGGAAGCAGCAACAGCAGCAACUUCGGCAACAACAGCAAACACAGCAGCAACAACAACAGCAGCAGCAACAUCAGCAGCUGAAGCCGAUAAGUAAACUGACUUAUAGCCAAGUAGCCAGUGGACAAGCAAAUUCGAGCCGGACUCACAACCCAGCCAUGCAACACCUCAAGAAGUAUCAACAACAACUACAACUGGAACAGAAACAGCAGCAACAUCAACAGCAGCAACAUCAGCAACACCAACAGCAGCAACAACAACAACAGCAACAUCAACAGCAGCAACUACAGCCUGUACAGCAGCAGCAACUACCGAGGCAGCAGCGCCAGAGGCAGCAACAGCAACUGGAGCAUCAAAAACACCAGCAACACCAACGACAGCAAAAGCAGCAACCACUUGAGCAACAGCAGAGGCAGCAGCAGCAAUCGCAACAACAACAACAUACCCAGCAGGCGGACACACCACUAUUGGAGGCGCUGCAGCAAAACAUGAUAAGUAUCAAUGAGAUGUCUAAGAAAUUAGACAUGCUAAUAAGUCUGCUGCUCACAAUGGCAGCAAACAACAAUAACAUCAAUAAACAACAAGCACAAUCAAUCCCACUAACAACAUCAACCCCCGAUACUCUCAAUAAUGCAAAUAAAACACAUAAUAUUUCAAAUUUAAUGAGUACAUUGCUUAGCACUUUUCAGCCAAUAGUCAAUAGCCCGAUGGCAAACGCCAAUGGUGAACACAUGGCCACUGACAUUAGCCAGUAUGUCUAG